AUGCUAGUUAAUAAAAUUAAUGAAAACAAGAUACGAUUAAGUCUUUCAAUAAAUACAAGCUACAAUAACAAUAAUAACAAUAAUAAUAGUAAAAAUAACGAUAAUAAUAACAUUGAUAAUAAUAACAAAGCAAAACUCAUUUCAUUCAAUAAAUUUGAAGAAAUGAAAGCUAUUGAUUUGAUUUUGAAACAAUUUCAAAGGAAAUUUUCUGCUUUAAAAAACAAAAACACAAACUAUGAAAAUGAAGAGCAAAAUGAUUUUUUUGUUAAAUUUCAAGAAAUGAUAUCAUCCAUUGAUUCAAUUAUGAAAAAAUUUCAAGAAAAAUAUUUCCCUUCACAAAAUGAAAGCGCUGGUGACAAAAAAGACAAUAAAAACACUAAUUAUAAAAGUGUCAAUGAAAACAUUGGUUUUGCCACUAAUAAUAAUAUACACAAUAAUGAUAAUAAUGGUAAUCACAAUGAUGAUAAUUACAAUAAUGAUAAUCUUAACAAGGGUAAUAAAAUCCGGAUCAUUAUCAACCAUCUUAAAGCUAAGAGAAAUAACUCGGGUAAUCUUGAUAACAAAACAAAUGUUGGUGCUGCAUUUAAUAGUGGUACUGGUGAAUUGAAAAAGGACCGAAAAAAGAAUAAAUCAAGGUUCAAAUUUGGUAGGAAAAUAUUUUCCAAAAAGGAUGGGAAAUCGCCAAUGAGCAAGGAACUAAAAUUACAGCUUCAAAAGAAUCGUUUGAAGCUAUACCAAAUUCCCAAUACGUCAAUAUUGGUUUACAGAGAUUACAGAAGAAAUAAUGAGAAGAUUAGGACUGGUAAGAAAAAAAUCAAUUUGAUUGGGAUCAAAACGGAAUUGAACGACGAUUACGUUGAAACGAGAAACACAUUUGGAUAUGAUGAAUUGAUCGACGGAAACUUCAAGUACAAAAUGGAAGAAAUCAAAAUCAAGAAGCCGCUUUCAACGUUGAACCCAAACUAUAGCCCAGUGCAGAGCAUUGAAAAGAGCUUGCCGGCAUUAUUUGCGCAUUCUGAGUUGUAUCCCGAGGACUACAGCAUCAUCGACUCUGUGUGCAAAACCGUUGUUAACAGAGCGAUCCAGCACCAGCUCAACAAAGAGGAAGGUGUCUUUGGGCACAUCAAGACCCAGAAGCAGCGCGAGGACACUGGGAACUUUGACGGCUACAACAAGAUGAUCUACGAUGAGAAGGUCAACCCCUACGCCCUCAUCUUCAGGAGAUACGGCAAUGUCAUUUCAAAUUCAAAUCCAAGUCCAAAUUCAAAUUCAAACUCGUGUCCAGGCCUUUACUUAACACACAAAGCAUCAACCACUAUGAGCUAUUUAAAUGAAAUCACAACAAUAGGUACAUCACCACCACAACCACCCCUUGUUUCUCACAGUUCCUCUCAACGAAACAAAAGAAGAAGACCAUUCAACGAUGAUAGUGUCCUAGAAGAUCACAUCAACAUUAAUGUCAACAUCAAUAAUGUCAACAUCAAUAAUGUCAACAUCAAUAUUGCUCGAUAUGACUCCAUUACUCAAUGUCCCACUGCUCAUCUCAACAAUCAAAGGGAUGGCUACCAAAAGAUCAAAAAGGUCAAAUUGAGUGGUAAAGGAAGGCUCCCACCAGUUGUUCUCCAUGGAAGUGCCAAAAGAAUAAACUCCUUCAUUUCCCAACGAAAUACCAAGCAAUUAUUAAUCACAUCCAAAAAGAGCAGUAAUAAAAGAAUCUCAACUCAUUAUUGCACGCCAAAUGGCUCUUCCAUCAAUACACUAAACAAGGAGAAAUUUUCAGCUCCCACAAGCAAUAAAAACCUCUCAAACAACGAUCAAUCUAUAGUACUCAAUAGAGAUUACUUUAAAUUAUUACGAGCACGAAUCCCAUUAAUCAGAGAAUAUAUCAAUAUAAGGGAAAAAAACGAGCCAAAAAGAACACACUAUAAGCUAAUCGGUAUCAAAAUGGAACUAACCAAUGAAUAUAUAAGAAACCAUAAUUCUUUCAAGUACAAGAUUCUCUCAGAUCACUUAAAUAACCAAAGAAAGUUCACAUACAAGUUGAAAAACAUUCCUAUUCAAAAACCAUUAUCCAAUUUAAAUCCAAGUUAUAAACGUGCGAAUUCAAUAGAUAAAGAUAUUCAAAACUUGAUUCUUUGCUCUUAUUUAUAUCCCGAUGAUUUUGAGAUAUUGAACUCGAUGAAUCCCAUUUACGUUAAUAAAGUAUUGGAUAAAGAACACAAGAUUAAUGAAAUGAUUGAUAAUACUACUAAUACUACUGCUACUAUUACUACUACUACUACUAAUAAUAAUAAUAAUCAUCAUGAUUUCGAAAUCGAUUCAAAUACUAGUACUGAUCAAGACGUGGAUAAUUAUCUCUAUGACGAGUAUGAGUUUGAUGAGGAAAUAGAUAACCCUCAUAUCAAUUCCUUAAUAGAAUAUAAAAACAUUUUUAUUGAUAAAAGACAAUUCUCAGUCUCGAAUCCCAAUUAUUUACUUAAAAAGGCUAUUCUGGGUAAUUUCAUUGAUAAAUUGGACGCAAAAUUAGAUCAAAUAGAGAGAUUACAGCAAUAUAAUUUAAAAUACAAAAAACAUUAA